UCCCUCUUCUGCUGUCUGUGCCGGGAUGAGGGCGAGCCCUGCGCUGGCACCACCAGUGCCCCACUGUUGGUGGAGGAGAACGGGGCCCUGCCCAAGGCUGCUGUCAAACACCUCCUGCCCGAGAUCAAGCCGCAGGACGCCAGCAAGCUGUGCGUGGUCAUCGACCUGGAUGAGACACUGGUGCACAGCUCCUUCAAGCCGGUGAACAACGCUGACUUCAUCAUUCCCGUGGAAAUCGAUGGCGUCAUGAACCCUCAUCAGGUGUACGUGCUCAAGCGGCCACACGUGGACGAGUUCCUGCAGCGCAUGGGCGAGCUCUUCGAGUGCGUGCUCUUCACCGCCAGCCUGGCCAAGUACGCCGACCCCGUCGCCGACCUGCUGGAUAAAUGGGGGGCGUUCCGGGCACGGCUCUUCCGGGAAUCCUGCGUCUUCCAUCGCGGCAACUACGUGAAGGACCUGAGCCGCCUGGGCCGCGACCUGCGCCGCAUCAUCAUCGUGGACAACUCCCCCGCAUCCUACAUCUUCCACCCCGAUAAUGCCGUGCCGGUGGCCUCCUGGUUCGAUAACAUGGCGGACACGGAGCUGUUGGAUCUGCUGCCCUUCUUCGAGAGGCUCAGCAAAGUGGAGGACGUGUACGCAGUGCUCAAGAAGCAGCGGACUAACAGCUAG